AUGGCAUCCGCAACGUCUUGUUGUUUCCAAGAGGAUGCCGCAUGCGUAAUAAUUGAUGAAAAGACCGUUCGGAGGUUGGCUCUAGCGGGAACCGAUUGCUCCACGAAGAGAUGUGUGGAAUCUUGUGAGGUGGACGAGUUGGUGAUAUUCUUGUGUCGUGCUCUACUUCUUACGAGGCGCACUCUCUAUGUACUGUUGUGUGUGCCUACCGAAGCCCGCUCCACUCCAUCACUCAGGCUCUCAAACGAAUCGCAUUCUGGCGAUCGCGGCGGUCGGUUUGGAGAUGCCGCCACCUUUGUUUCAUGCGGAGUAGAAGCAUGGCGGCUCAUCGUAUGCCUUCACACCAGGGUGGGGAGCUUGGCUCGCCGGUUUGGGCUCACGGCGGUCCCUAUUAUAAUUCCGUGGGAUUGUGCAACUUCCCGCGCCGGGGUUCCGGCUGACGGGUCGACCCCAGCUUGCACACACUGGGUGGAGCGAGCAAGAGCAGCUGUGUUGCAUCAUUACCGACAAACUAGUGGAGGCAGCUUUUCUUGGCAACCUGUCGAUGAGGCUGGGCUGGCCAAUGCAGUUCCUCUUGUAUUGGAUAAUGUUACAGCAUUUUCUAGCUGUGUAGCCUGUGACAUCUGGCCAAGGCAUUGCCAUCUAAGCCCAUUUCAAGGAAACAUUCGAGUUUGUUCUUCCGAUCAAGCAUUACUUGUUGAGGUGGAGGAACAAAGCAUAUCGCAGGUUCAACAGUCGGCGCUUCUUAUCCGCGAAAACCCUUGCGAUGUGAAGUCCAACGGGGCUUCGCAAGGGGUUUGCGAAGAUCGCAGCGGAGACACGGCUACCGACGACGAGAAAGUGCAAGCGCAAGUGCCUUUCGGGUAUACGGUUGUUGCUGGAACGUUUGAUCGGCUGCACGCUGGCCACCAGCUGCUACUGGCCGCAGCAGUACUAUCGGCGCGACAGCGAAUUGGCCUUGCGGUUGCCUCGGGUCCCUUGGUCAAGAAAAAAACGAUGUCUCAGCAGGAUAUGGCUGCAGCCGGCAUAGAACCCUUCGCGUUUCGCCUUCAGGCUGCUGCUGCCCUUGUGCAGCUUCUUGCAGCAUCUCAAGGGAAGGAAACGCGCGUGGCAGGCUUCAUAGAAGCAUUGGAGGAGGAGGAGGCAAGCAUGUCGAACGAGUUACACCAUCAUUUAUCACUACUAGGGGGAUCCAGCCGAGUUAAUUGUGGUUUCAGGGGAGUUAUUGAGAGUCCUACUAGUGCACUGGCAGAUACCUUUGGCGGCAGCGUGCAGCUACAGGUCUUCCGCAUAAUUGAUGCUGUUGGGCCUGCUGACAAGCUGGCAUUCGACUGCCUAGUCGUCUCAGCCGAAACACUGAAAGGAGCCAUUGCAGUGAAUAGCAUUCGCAUUGAGGCCGGCAACAAGCCAGUCUUUGUGCUUACCGUGGGACUCGUGCCAACAGAUGCGUGGGUAGCUCAUCAGGCAGCUGAAAAACUAGCGGCGUACUUUCCAUUCCCUCUUUGCAGUGGAGUGAAUCAAUUUGAACAGAAAUCCGGCAUUUGCGUGCUCACUGGAGAGGAAAAUGGACCAGAAUCUACAAUGCCGGCUAAUGCUCGUGCCCCGUCAAAGGGGGAGGAGCACAGCAGCGUCCAACAGGAAGACCAUAACCCCACAGCUGGAUCACUGGAAGUGUUCCCGGACAAAUUGAGUUCAACAGCGUUGCGCCAGCUGCAACGAAAGCGACUGCGUUGUGGAUCUGUUGCAGAUCUCUGCAAGCGAUUUCACGCAGCUUGGCUUUGGCUUGAAGGACGUGAAGGCGAGACGGGAACUACUGAGCUGCAGUCGUGUUCCACAAUGUGGAGCAUACUAUGCGCCGAGCAUGCAACCCCUUGGAGGAGGCUACACACUUUUGAUCGGGUGGCGCGAGCCCUUGAACUAUUAGACGCCUCGAAGCCCUCUGUGAACCGAGAGCCAGUUGUGCUAACCGUGUUUUUUGGUUCGCUGCUGGCGUGCCCUUGCCAUUAUAUCACAUUGGGAAGGGGUGCUUGCACGGCAUGUGACUCUAGAGUGUUGACAACAGCUGACUGUGCUAACACGUGCACUAUACCAAGUUGGAGUCCUGAAGCUGAAGAUGCCGCAUGGCAUAGAUCUGCAGUGAAGCUCUUGGCAGAACUCCAGCGUAAGUGGGGGAGGUGCUCGUUCGCAGCUGCACAGAACAGCCAGCGAUAUACAAGAAAGGUGCCAGCAGCGUCCACCUUUGUUUAUGGUGAUACCUUGCUGGAGGGGCGCUUCUCCUUGCUGAUGGGUCUGUUGUUGGAGCACCGUGCUGCCAGCCUCACGAGAUUAGCCCCAACUGCACAAGCAGUAAAUGCGCUCCGAGGAAGACGUGAUGUAUCUCGGGAUGACGAAGAAACGGCAACUAUGGUACUGCUUGCACGCCGUCUUGGACAGUUGGAAUUCACUGACAGGUCAGUUGAGGAAAAAACGCGAUUGAGGAGACUGCGACAAGAGUAUUUUUUUGUUAGUGAGGACUGUUUCCGCAGAUACCGAAUGAUGCAAGUAGCGCACUUGCUGGAGAAUGCUAACAGCCUCGACUGUCUGAAUCAUGAAGAGCUCUUCCACGCUCGAGUGAGCCUGGAGCGUGAGCUAAGCAUACUGGAGACACAAAGUUUACACGAUGAACCUUCUACUUGCCUCUGA